AUGAAGUUUAACCUUGCUACAGUAUGCUUGACUUUUCUCGUUGCUACUACGUUCGCAAUUCCAAAUCCAAAAGGCACCAUCAAGGACUUAGAUUUGGCCGAACGCAAUCAUAGACCUGGAAAGCAGGAAGAAGGAAAGCACGGAGAAAAACAUAAAGAAAAACUUGGGGGAGAAAAAUAUGUAGUGAAGCCUCAUAAAAAAGAAGAAAAGAAAGAUGGAAUGAAGCCUCAUAAGAAAGAAGAAAGGAAAGAUCAUAAGGGAGAAGAAAAGAAAGAUCAUAUGAAAGAAGGAAAGAAAGAUCAUAUGAAAGAAGGAAAGGAAGAUCAUAUUAAAGAAGGAAACAAAGAUCAUAUGAAAGAAGGAAACAGAGAUAAUAUGAAAGAAGGAAACCAAGAUCAUAUAAAAUAUCAUAUGAAAGAAGAAAAGAACGGACAUAUGAAGGAUCAUAUGAAAAACGAAAAGAAAAAAGACGAAGAUUGUAAAGAUGAAAGAAAGAAUGAAAAAGGAGGAUUAAAUAAAGAAGAAAAGAAAGAUCCUAUGAAAAAAGGAAGGAAAGAUCCUAAGAAAGAAGAAAAGAAAGUUCAUAAGAAAGAUCAUAAAAAAGAAGAAAAGAAAGAUCAUAAAAAAGAAGAAAAGAAAGAUCAUAAAAAAGAAGAAAAGAAAGUUCAUAAGAAAGAAGGAAAGAAUGAUCCUAUGAAAGAAGAAAAUAAAGACGUUCAUAAAAAAGUUCCUAAAGGCCAUAAGAAAGAAGAAAACAAGGAACGCAGAGAAAUAAAGAAAGAAGGAAGGAAAGAUCAUAAGAAAGAAGGAAAGAAAGAUCAUAGGAAAGAAGGAAAGAAAGUUCAUAAGAAAGAAGGAAAGAAAGAUCAUAAGAAAGAAGGAAAGAAAGAUCAUAAGAAAGAAGGAAAGAAAGAUCAUAAGAAAGAAGAAAAAAAAUACUAUAAGUAA